CAGGUGCUUUUGUUUAUCCAUUUCUGGUAUGCUAAGCAGUACUCUUCUGAAACAGUACCUUCUCUAUCUCAAUAGAAACACCUAUCUACAGAAAUUGAAAUGCAUACAAUGGAUGAACAAAAAGGCACCCUCCAAAGAAGCAUAUUGUCCCACAUCGGUGGAACAUAUUGCAAAUAUUAUCACACAUGGCAUCUGGAUAAUACCUAGCAUCUCAGCAGCACUUGAAUUAAUAAGCAGAUCUAAAGAUGCCGAUCACAUGCUCUCGGCUAUUGUGUAUGGAGCAACUCUCAUAUUUGUAUUUUCAGUAUCUACGUCUUUCCACUGUGUAUUUUUCUGCAAGAAAUAUGGCCAACUUAAAGAUGUCCUCCAUCGAUGUGAUAGAGCCAUGAUAUACGUCUUUAUCGCAGGAUCAUAUUUUCCAUGGCUCACGCUCGAGAAACUUCCGCACGAAGGAUGGGCUUCCCAGAUGCGGUGGAUAGUCUGGUUCUUAGCCAUAGCAGGUAUCACCUAUCAACAGAUCUUCCAUGAACAGUACAAAAUGCUCGAAACAAUAUUUUACCUUGUCAUGGGUGUUGGACCGGUGUUUCCCAUCAUAUGUGAACACACAUUCAAGGGUAUAACAGAGCUCUCUAUCGGCGGCUUGUUGUACUUGAUAGGUAUAGUAUUCUUCAAGAGCGACGGGCGGAUUCCAUUUGCGCAUGCUAUCUGGCACCUGUUUGUCGUUUUGGCGGCAUACUCUCACUACUAUGCUAUCUUGAAUUAUCUGUACCCUCUACCCACGACGGAUUGAUCUUACUGCCAAACUGAUUCUAUUUUUAAGAACUGUGAAUGUAGCAGUAUGCGUAAUGCCUUAUUGAGUUGGUCGAUGAAAAAGAUACCGCGAUGAAAAAAGUGUAUGCAACCGUAACUGUUAUCUAUGUAUAUGAAAAGUCGGAG